AUGGCCCGCACGUCGACACGAACACGCCUUCCUCGAGGCCAGGUCGGCAUUCAGAACUUCGCAAGAGCCACGAAGCCCGGCGUCACCGCAGAAUCAGAAGCAGGGGAAUUGAAACCAAAGAUUGGAAUUGGAAAGAAGGAAUCACAUGCUCCAGCUGAAACUGCAACUGAAAGAGCAACUGAAGCUGAAGCACUCCCCCCGGCCACGCCUUCUAAGAAGCGGAAAUUGAACCACGACGUUGAUGAAGAUGAGGAACACGAAGAAGAAACUGCAACGGAGACCCCGUCCAAGACACUCCGGAUUGGUGAAUUGUCCGUUUCAACGCCGAGGAGUCGUCGGAGCCGCAACCGGAACGAGAACAAGAACCAGGACCAAAACCAGGCUCACACCCAUACACACACUCCGCACACACCUGUCCGUCCGACUGGAUUCGACGAUCUCCUGUCUCUCCAUUCCUCCUUUCUGAAGGCGUUAGGCCUCCAUUUUGCUCAUAAUGGCGUGAGGACGCCGGCGGAUCUGAGGGAGUUUCUGCGCAAUAUGGAACGCAUAUGGAAGAGAAGAAAGGUGUCAGUCAAGGAUCUGCAGCGGUUGGUUUGGGUUUGGGAGCAGGGUGCUACGUCUACGUCGGGAUCGGACUCAAUUGCAAAGCCAAAGCCAAAGUCUACCCCAUGGCCCUCGUACCGAAUUGCGAAUUAUGGUCUGGGUAAGGUGUGUCUUGAGACAAGUGGCGAACGUGUCUCGGAGUGUAUCUGUGAGGAUGAAUUGCAGGUGGAAUUUGAGCGGUUACUGGAGCGGCUCUGGGAGAAGUGUCUUGAAUUAGAUGAGGAAGAGAAGGGCGUGAACAUUGAUUUUAUAGAGACCCUCGGCCUUGCGCCUAUACACGAAUCUCUCACUCCGCUUACGUCUUUCCGGGCGGGACAGCAGCGACUGCAGGAUUUGAAGGGUGGGGUUAUCAGGGUUAAGACGGAGGCUCUUCGUGCGCGGAUGGAUCAUGCCUCAGUACCAGGGUCAAUCAUGAAGACGCCGGAUACUACGACGGAUCGUCGAAAGAGUCUUCUGGACCGAAUCAAGAGCAAGCAGCUUCUACAGUCGAAGUUGCCUCCGCCGCCUUCGAAGGAGAUGCUUCUCCGUCGCGCUGCCGCGGAGCGAGUAGAAGAUGUUGCGCGAGUGUUGGCUUUGUUGAGACCGUCGACUGGUUCUGUGGAUGCUUCUUCUGGCUUGAAACCCAUAGCUCCGGUGCAGAGGAGGCCGUUUCGGUUCGACACUAUCGUGCAGCACGUGCAGGACUCCAUGCGAAAUCCAAUCUCGCACGAAGAGGUCGAUGCCUGUCUUCAGAUUCUAUCCCAGACGGACGUCGCCGGUCACUGGGUCACUGUUGUAACCGUCAAGGGGAUCAGAUCGGUGGUGUUGAAGUCUUUUGGAGAUGUCUCUCCCAAGGAGAUUGGGGGGCGGGUUCGCCAGAUGAAGAUAGGUUGGGUGGAUUCUCCAUAGGUUUGGAAAACUCUGGAAUACGGUCUUGAGGUUACUUGAUAGAGUUGAUAUUUUCUUUUGGAUGGAGCUGGACUCAUUGCAUACGGCAUAUUGCAUUUUACGGAGUAUCGAUUUGGGGCAUAUUGUACAUUAGCAGUUCCAUUUUAGAUCAUGACCUG